AUGUCUCCGAAGACCGGUCCCGCCUCGAGAGGUCAAGGGAGCACAAAAGCCGCAGAACGGCUAUCCAAAGUUGCCGGGCACUUGGGCAGCGAUCAAGGGGAAGCCUCUCUACCAACCGAGACCGCGCAACGUGGUAAUCAUCGCCCGAGAUCUCAACGCACGGCAGGCCCCCCUGCUGACUACUCCGAUGUACUUUCCAAUCUGCAAAAGCUCAAAAAGAUUGCGCAUACCCCUGAUCUCACAAACAGAGGGUAUGUGAGACAGAAACGCGAGGGGAAACUGUGGGUGCGAGAGCGGUUGGACCAGCUCCUUGACAAGGGCAGCUUUAAGGAAAUCGGCAGUGCCAGUGGACAGACUCAAUGGAAGCAGACAGGCCCACAGGACGAAGAGCCGGUGUCGUUCAUGCCGACUAACAAUCUUCAAGGAUUCGGCUUAUUGAACGGCAGAAAAAUCAUUUUGACAGCUGAUGAUUAUUCUAUUCGAGCUGGCCAUGCCGAUGGAGCCAUUUCCGAAAAGACUGUAUAUGCCGAGAAACUUGCUCUGGCAAUGCAAUUGCCCAUCAUCAAACUUACAGACGGAUCCUCAGGCGGUGGAUCUGUAAGUACUAUCAAGACCAACGGGUGGUCAUACGUUCCCGGUGUCCCCGGAUUCCUUGAGGCAAUCAAGGGUCUGAACAUGGGCCUCCCCAACCUAGCCGCGGUUCUUGGUCCAGCGAUUGGGAUCGGAGCAGCACGUGCAGUGUCAUGCCAUUUCUCAGUGAUGGCAGGUGACAUCGGGAGCCUGUUUAAUGCCGGACCACAGGUCGUCGAGCUCGCGACAUUCGAAGAAGGCCUGAGUCUGCGAGAUUUAGGCGGACCAAGCAUCCAUUGUACGAACGGGACAAUCGACAAUUGGGCGGCCAACGAAACAGAAUGCUUUGAGCAGGUUAGGAAGGUCCUCUCGUAUUUGCCGAGUUGCGGACAGUCGAAGCUUCCACCGAUAGUUCAGUGCAAUGAUCCAAUAUCCAGGUUCGACACGGAGCUGAGAACUAUCAUCCCUCGAAAGAAGACUCGUAUGUAUGACCCAAAGGCGAUCAUCCGAACCGUCUUCGACACCGACUCGUGGUUCGAGAUUGGAGCUCUUUGGGGAAGGACUGCGAUUGUUGGCCUUGCUAGAUUAGGUGGCCAUCCGGUAGGAGUGAUAUCUCUCAACUGCGAAGUCAAUGCAGGAGCUCUCGACGCCGGCGGUUCUCAGAAAAUAACCCGCCAUCUGAAGCUUUGCGACGUAAUGAACCUUCCAAUAGUUCAAUUUGUGGACGUUCCGGGCUAUGCGAUCGGAACAGUCGCUGAGAAGCAAGGCAAGCUAGCUUUCCCUUCACCUCACUAUGUCAUAGCUUACAUCUCAACGACGAUUCCAAUUUUCAACGUCUUAACCCGCAGAGUCUAUGGUGUCGCUGGUGGCGUGAUGGUGGCGUGUCGAAAUCCGAUCAUGCGUGUGGCCUGGCCGAGCGGUGAAUGGGGGAGUCUACCCCUCGAUGGCGGCAUCGAAGUCGGCCAUCGAUGGGAGCUGAAGCAAGCGGAGGCUGAGGGCAAGAAACAGAAGCUGUACACCGAACUCGAAGAUGAGUACCGGCGGUUGAUGAACCCGAUCAGGACGGCCAACGCAUUCGGAGUGGAGGAGAUUAUUGACCCUGCAGACACAAGACGGGUACUUGCUGAGUGGACUAUCCAUAUGUAUUCCGAUGUGUUGCCACAGAGACUGCUUGAUCGAGCUGCUGGACGGGUACAUCCAUCCUUCGCGUAG